AUGGCUGCGUUACCGACAAUGCGGCCUUUGGGCUGUCUGCGAUCCCUGAUCAGGCCCCAGGAGUUGAUGCAGUCACAGAUUACCCGCCGGUUCAUCUCAACAGCGUACUCUAAGAGACCCGAGCGUGUCCCUCUCCCUCCAAACCUCCCCGAGCAAUUCCUCUCACAAUUACCUACUCGUUUGCAACCACAGAACGGCCCCAAGCCAGUUAAGGUUUACCCUGCUCCUCCCUCCGUCCGCAAAGUAUGCAAAAACCCCGUCGAGAGAGUUGUGGAGUCGCAACUGGCUAUCCAUGAUCCUAAGGGUGAACGCAAGGCCCUGUUCGACUACCGCCGGAAUCCCCGAAGUGUCAAGCCCGGUGAUAUUCUGCGUGUGACAUUCAAGAAUGGCGAUCCCUUCAACGGUGUGGCAUUGAGCAUUAAGCUGCGCGGCAUUGACACCUCCGUCUUGCUGCGAAAUGAGCUUACUCGUGUUGGUGUUGAGAUGUCUGUUAAGGUGUUCAGUCCCAAUGUGCAGAGUGUGGAAAUUGUGCAGCGCGCCGAGCGCAAGGUCCGUCGCGCGAGACUGUACUACAUGCGGUCCCGCAAGCACGACCGCCGCAGCGUGGAGAACCUUGUGGCUUCUUACAUGCGCCAGAAGCGGGCUUUCCUGGGUGGCGGCCGUCGCCAGAACUAA